AUGUGCAGUCUACGGCCGGAGCCCUGGGUAGACCCUAUAAACCGCUCAGAAGCUGCUGUAAAACUCAGCGAGCUCCUUUUCUCGGCUCUUGGAUAUGUCUUGCCUCAAUCGGAUCUCGGUGGUGGUAAUUCUCCAGUUUCCCGGGCUGCAGGCAUGGACAACGGCGUACUGAUCGAUAUGAGCUUAUUUAACGAAGUGACAAUCUCCAAAGAUGAGAAUAGCGUGGUAAUUGGAUUUUGUGAAGAACAGCGUUCUCAGCUAUGGCCUCCGGAGCUAUUAUCACUGCUUCCUCAUCUAUUAAUCGUGAUCAUUGGCGAGUUCUUAAGGGUGAGGUUAUCCGUGUCCGCCUUGUUUACGCAAAGGCUCCGGGAAACAAGACAAAAUGGCUCCAGCGUUGGUCUUCCUUCAAGCCCAUCUGAGCUUUCUGGAACACCUGCGAAGUUCGUACGCUUAAAGAUGCGUGUGAUGAAAGCCAGCAUCAAGAAUAAACGUCAGAACUUUGGCACUAUGGCCAUCAAGAACAACCUAACCACACUUAACGUCGUAUAUGAUAGCUAUAAAGAAACUAUUACUUCUAAGGCCACCAAUAUCAAGGAGAUCGACACUUUUGACAUUAAGAAUGGAACAAAUCAUCGGUAUCGGUACUUGAGUUACUGUGGGGAAAACUGUUUGAAGGAUAUGUGGAGGAAAUUUGAAGGUAAUUCAGAGAUCGGUGAGGGUGUGGAAGGUUAA